AUGGAAGAAGAAGAACCUGACUAUUCAAAACUUCCAUUGGAGGAGAGACUUGUUCAUAAAAUAUGGAAGGUCAGAAGAGAAGCGUAUCAGGAACUGGAUAGUAACUUUCAGAACUCUGCAUCUGAGGAUACAGCAUGCUUCAAGUUGUGGCUUCGAAGCCCUGAGUUGAUUCGAAAGGCAAUCACCGACAGUAACGUUGUUUCAGAGGAGGCAGCCUUAUCUGCUUUAGUAUCAUUUUUGCAGUAUGGUGGUGAUCAUACUAUAAGAACUCUCAAUACUGUUGUCCCGGCAAUCUGUGAAAAGGGACUCAGUUCAUCACGUCCUGUUACCAAGAAGAUGUCUGUUGAUGCCCUUUUAUGGUACAUAGAGCUUGGAAGUGCGGCUCCUGUCAUUGAGUUUAUUAUUCCGUCUUUGUCUGCCCAGUCUCCACGUGUAGUGGCCUCUGCUACCGCGACAAUAAAUGAGAUUUAUCAGGCAUUUGGAUGCUCUGUUUGUCCUCCUAAACUAGCUCUGGAUCAGCUUCCUGCCUUGUUCGGUCAUGCCGAUCGCAAAGUUAGAGAGGAAGCUUUACAUUUGAGUGUCACGCUAAGAUCUUAUCUGGGUGAGGGAUUUGAUGCCCUUAUCUUUCCUAGUUUGAAACCAAUUCAGCAGAAGGAUCUUACCAAGGCUUUUAUCAGGAUUGAUGGUGUUCCUCGCCCCACAAGGAUCUUGAAAUCACAGCAAUCAAGACAGUUGGAUCGCCAAGAAGAUAUCCCUGUUGAAGUUGAAGACGUUGAUAUGGUGGAUCCUGAUAUUGAAUCGGAACAACUCGAACCUGAAGAUCCUUUUAAUCUCGCAGAACCAGUGGAUGUUCUUCCUAAGCUCCCCUCUAACUUCAGUCAGAGAGUCCAAGACCCUAAAUGGAAAGAGCGUGUGGCUGUGCUAGAGGAAGUCCAGAAGCACUUUGACGUGAUGAGAAUCAAAAAUCAGGACUUUGCUGAGUUCAUUAGAGUAAUUGCCAAAUGUUUAGGAGAUGCUAAUCUUCAAGUAGUUACUCUAAGUGCUCAAACAAUAGUCGAACUUGCCAAUGGUAUCAGAGAUGAGUUUGAAAGAUACGUUUCCGUGGUGAUUGGUCCACUCUUAGAGAAAUCCAAGGAGAAAAAGAAAUCGGUGGCAGACGCCGUUAACUCUGCAUUAGAUAGUUGUUUUAGAUACUCGUCAUUUGGAGAAAUCUACGAGCCAUGUGUUCAAUUUAUGUCUCAUAAGAUUCCCCAGAUUCGAAUUGAGGCUUGCAGGUUUCUUGUACGCUGUUUAAAAGAGCUACCUCGCGUGCCGUCUAAAGUGUACGGGGACGCUAUCAUGAUGGUAGCAAUCAAGCAUCUUGAUGAUUCUCAAGUAGAAGUUCGUACAGCUAUGAGUGAGGUGAUCGCUACGAUGAUGAAGAUUCUUGGAGAACGUGCAUCUAAGCAGUAUGUCACCAAGAUUGACCACAGACAUAUGAAUAAGAUCAAUGAUCUGUAUUCCAGGGCCGAAGUUAAGGCCAGCAGGUCAUCCGCUGUCUCACAACCGAAACGCUCUUCGUCGAAUAAUGCACGCAGAUCACUCGGCCCACGUCCUUCUCUUAGAAAGCCAGUUGAGGCCCCGUCACGGCACUCCUUCGGUAGUCCAAACAGUAUGAUACCUUCCAAAAGAGGAGCAUCUCCUUUGAAAGUUCACUCUAAGAUGAACCUCGCAUCGCGUUCAAUGAGAUCUGGAGAUGAACUGUUCAGUGGUAAUGUUAAAGCACCGGCUCCCAAUAUGGCUCCCAAUAUGGCUCCCAAUAUGGCUCCCAAUAUGAAGUCAACGGAGAGAAAGGAGCUGGAGAGUUUACGAGCAGAGAAGUUGAACUGGCAGAAAGAAAGAGAGCAGCUUGAGGUCAGUUUGAAGCAACAGAUAGCAAUGAACGAAAAGAAUGUGGAGAAGCUCGAGGAAUUGACUUCAACAGUUGAUGAUUACAAGUCGCGUUAUGCGUCCGUCAGUGUGGCCUCAAAGUCUAAAGACACUCAGCUUCGAAGAUUACAAGGAGACUUGGAGGCCGCCAAAGGUAAGAUCAUCAGUCUCGAAAAGGCUCGGCAAAUGCAAGAGCAGAUGCAACAGCAACAGCAGCUACAGGAGUCGUUGAAGACUCAGGAUUUUCAAGGAUCUCAGAAAUCGUCAGAUCCUGUGGAGCCAGCCGAGCUUAACCGCCGAAUUUCAGGACUAUCGCUACAACCAUCGACGGAGAAAGAGAAAGAGAAUCUUUAUCGUUCAGCUAAUAAAACACAGACCACCACAAGUAGCUUGGCAUCAGGACUUUAUGAACUGGACUCUAACGAUGACAGUUGGAAGCGCGCAGCUGAAGUCACUAACCAAUUGAAAGCCCGAAUAGAGCAGAUGAAAGCCCGGACGAGGACUCUAAGCCAGAUGUGA